GGUGGGUAUCAGUUCGGCAUCUCAGGUCACGGUAAAAAGAUUCCCUUACAACCAUGAAGGUCCUCAUCUGCGUCCUAGCCCUCUUCGCCACGGCUGCUAGCCGAUCCGCCUACAGGUUCUCCGACGGCUAUCUGGACAUCCUAGGAGGCGAGCCCAGCCAGACUUUCGACUGCGCCGGCAGGGCCUACGGUUACUACGCCGACGUCGCCAACGCCUGCCAGGUCUUCCACAUCUGCCUGCCGAUCCCCAACGAAGUCGGCGACGUCGUCGACAUGGCCCAGUUCUCCUUCUUCUGCGGCAACCAGACGGUCUUCAGCCAGGAAUCCCUCACCUGCGCCCACCCGCAAGAGGCCUUCCCUUGCGAGGAGUCGGAGACCCUGUAUGACCUGUCCAACGCUGACUUCGGCAAGAUCCCCGAAGGGAACGCCAACGUCGACCUCGGGAGGUCUCUCGACGCCGAGACGGCGAACGCGGAUGUUGGGGGCGCAGUCGAAGUCGAAGUCGAAGUCGAGGCAGCCGUAGCAGACGACGCUGUCGCAGUUGAUUAUGAGUGAUAGUGUCUGUCGAAACGUCUAGCCUAAAUUGUACAGUGUAGGUUUUUAGCUCUGAGUGCAAAUAAAGUAUUAUAUUCUGAUCUCGAA